AUGUCUGCUUUCAUUCGUUGGUACAACGCCAGGUUGGCCGCGCGCCCACUGCUCACUCAGAGUAUUACCACUUCAUUUCUCUUUGUAACAGGCGAUGUGACAGCCCAGCAGCUGGUCGAGAAAAAGGGCAUUCAGAAGCAUGAUUUCGUUCGAACAGGCCGAAUGGCUCUCUACGGUGGCUUUGUUUUCGGCCCCGUCGCAUCAAACUGGUUCAACUUUCUCGCUCGCAAUGUCAACUUGAGGAAUAAGAAGGCCGAAGUCCUCGCCCGAGUUGCCUGUGACCAGCUUGGUUUUGCUCCCGUCAUGAUCGGUGUCUUCCUUGGUAGCAUGGCUACCAUGGAAGGUAAGAGUGCACAGGAACGCAUCGAGAAGACUUGGUGGUCAGCGUUGAAGGCCAACUGGUUGUUAUGGCCGGCUGUCCAGUUCAUUAACUUCUCGUUCAUUCCCUUGCAACAUCGUCUCUUCUUCGCCAACAUCAUUGCUAUUGGAUGGAACUCCUAUUUGAGCUGGGUGAACGCUCAGUAA